UCAAAAUGUAAGAUCAUAUACAUCCACUGGUGCAUUUAAUGAAAGUUUACACUGUAUCUCUGUUGAAACAUCUAACAGGGUAUCAUUGACAAUGGAUGGGGGGAUGCUGUGGUACCAUUUCCCUUGCAGGGGGGUCCAAAGUUUUCCAGGGAAACUUUGUGCCAGUAGAUGGUUUACUCCAAAUCACAGACUUUUAAAUAGAGAAGUGUUUCAGGUGUCGAAUACCUGUGGAUUUAAACAUGCAGGAACUAGUUCGGAUGUUAGAGAGCCAUCAGGCAGGUGGCAAAGAUUUGAAAAGAAUCCGCUGAUCCGUUAUUUUCGAAGAUUAAAGUGGGUAUCCAUUCCCUUGAGUUUGGGCUUUGCUUAUCUUGCUUAUCAGCAGUUUUGGCAUGUCUACAAACGGGAAAAGUCAAAAGUCACUUCAGGAACUCAAUUAGCAACAGAUUUUGAAGUUACUCUGAUUAAGAUGCUGCCUUUACGAACUUCAUCCCGCUUGUGGGGCUGGAUUAAUAAUAUCAAGCUUCCUCUUCCCUUACGCUCCCCAGUUAUCAACUGGUUUGCUAAUACGUAUAACUGUAAUAUUGAGGAGGCGUUAGUAGAUGAUGUUACUCAGUAUCAGAACCUGGGAGAAUUCUUUCGAAGAUCUUUAAAACCAGGAGUUCGACCCAUUUGUGAAGGCAAAUGUGUGGUUAGCCCAGCAGAUGGCACAGUUUUAAACUUUGGAAAAGUCCAAAAUGGACGAGUAGAACAAGUGAAGGGGAUAACAUAUUCCCUGCCUGGAUUUUUAGGUCCCAAUUUUGGGAAAUCGAGUAUAAAGAAAGUGGAGAGUGAGAUGGCACCAGAUGAUGAUAAGACAUAUCAAAAAUUACUACUUCGUAGUAAUGAAGAAACCGAUUUAUAUCACUGCAUCAUAUAUCUCUCUCCCGGAGAUUAUCACAGAUUCCAUUCUCCAGCUGAUUGGAGUGUAAGCUACAGGAGGCAUUUUCCAGGAGAACUGUUAAGUGUACGACCUGGAUUUGUUAAUUGGAUAGCUGGUUUAUUUAACAUCAACGAGAGAGUUGUUUACACCGGAACCUGGUGCCAUGGAUUCUUUUCGAUGGUAGCUGUUGGUGCAACCAACGUGGGAUCCAUUCGAGUUUACUUCGACAGAGAGCUUGUUACUAAUGAGAGGAUUUGGAAAAAGGAUGGUUCUAAAGACCACAGUUUUGAAUCCAGUAACAACAUCUCUGGAAUACAGCUGAAGAAAGGAGAUGAGUUUGGUGAAUUCAAUCUGGGUUCAACAAUUGUUUUAAUUUUUGAAGGCCCUAAGGACUUGAAUUUUGCAAUAAGAGCAGGACAAAAAGUCAAGUAUGGUGAACCUUUAAUGCUUGUAGAAGAUAAAAGCUGAUAAUUUUGUUGUUUCAGAAUCUUCCUAAUUUAGAGUUGGAAGAAUGUUAAACUCUUGACUCUGUAGUCUUCCGCAGAAGGAGUUCUUACAAGCCACGAACCAGUGUCGUAUAAAAUGGUAGGUUAAGACAAGUGGUCAAAGGAGAACUUGUUAAUAUGUGAAGCUUUCAGAUGGAGCUUACAAGUAAUUAUAUCUCCUGGCAAUUUUCUUAUGAUUCCAAGUUAACUGAGGGUGACUUGCUGUGGAAAAACAUGUUUUACGAUUGCAGUUCGCUUUAAAUCGCUCGGAAGAUUUGUGAUCCUGAAUGGCAUUUCUGUGCGUCAAACUUCAACUUUCUUGUUCUUAAAAGGAUUGCAUGAUCUAUUUAAAAAAAUAAUGGUAAAACUACUUUCUUGAUGACACUCUACAAAUAAGUGAAGAAAUAAAUGUGUCGCAGAUAAAUAAGGGGAGAAUAUCAAGAUUAUGUGCAGGAGAUGAUUUAAAUUAAUUCACUUUAUAAUUUGCCAUUAAUGGUUGUAGUGAUUUCUUUAAUGUUUCUAGUCAAGGUGAACAAAAUAUUUAAUUUACUUAAGUGAGUGUUAAUAGUUAGAAAAAAGACAUCACCUGGUUCAUGAAACUUUUAUUGAGAUUUAGCAUACUGAUAUAUAAUGCUUUGUUCCUAAUGUCGCUUAAUAUUUUUGUGUAUAUAAAUUAAUGGUCCCAUUUCACAAAUUUUCAAACUAAAGAACACAGCUGAUUUAAAGCAUUAGUUAAGAUUAGUAGAAGAGAUGUCCAGGAGGGUAAUAUUUGAAUUUAUAAAACCUACUUCAUUUUGAGAAACAUUAGUCACAUCUUGGACAAUUUUUUUUGUGUGGAAUCGAAGAAUAACCGAAUUUUGGGAUCCACUGAUGCUUCAUUCAAGUUAUCUGAUCCAGCUCAGAUACUGAAGUUGUUAAUUUUAUAUUUAGUUUUAAACCAACUGUGCUUAGCAGAAAUAUCUUGUAUCUAAAAAUCUUUAUUGUUAUUUUUAUACAACAAAAUCUGGCUACUAGUGAAAUUUGCUGCUGGUUGUAAACUUAUUGAUAGUUUGGAAAACCAAUUCUCGUCUAAGAAAUCAUGUUUGAGUGUUUCAGAAUUGUUCUGAAAAUCACAGUUUUGAGAUUUUAAACAUUGUUUAUUUGGAAACGCAUUGAAAGAAACCUAAGGUAGAGAUAGUAUGAGAAAUUUGUUUUGUCAUAUUAUCUACAUUGAUAAUGUUUGAAUAAUAAAACUGGUUAUUUAAUUAAAAUUUGUAAUUGUGUAUUUAUGCUUGAGUACAUAGCUAAUUAAUUGUGAGGGAAGUUAGAUUAUAAUCAUUAAUAUAAGUUUCAAUCAUUUGAAGAAAAGAAAGAAGGAUUGGAUUAUUAUAUCGAGAGGGACAGCUGACUUCAUGAUUGGUGGGGGACAAUGAGGGGGUUGAGAGUAAGUAGACUGAUGUGGUUGAUGACAGAAAAUAUUAAAGACAUUUUGUAAUUCACAAAAACCAACAUUUGGUGGAGAUGAGAAUAGGAGACUGCCAGAAUCAAGGGUAAAAAGGCAAUUACUAAGAAAUAUAAUGACGGUUUAAAACCCAUGAGUAUUUGAUUAAAUCAAUUCUUAAAAAACCAACCUAAUCCACUCUUCUUUACUAAAACCAUUUGAAGCUGAGACAUUGGCUACAGUUUCUUAUUGACAUGAAGUUUCAACCUGAUUCGGGGCUGAGACAUUGACUACAGUUUCUUACUGACAUGAAGUUUCAACCUGAUUUGGAGCUGAGAUAUUGACUCCAAUUUCUUACUGACAUAAAGUUUCAGCCUGAUUCGGGGCUGAGACAUUGACUACAGUUUCUUACUGACAUGAAGUUUCAACCUGAUUCGGAGCUGAGACAUUGGCUACAGUUUCUUACUGACAUGAAGUUUCAACCUGAUUCGGAGCUGAGACAUUGGCUACAGUUUCUUACUGACAUGAAGUUUCAACCUGAUUCGGAGCUGAGACAUUGGCUACAGUUUCUUACUGACAUGAAGUUUCAACCUGAUUUGGAGCUGAGAUAUCGACUACAGUUUCUUACUGACAUGAAGUUUCAACCUGAUUCGGAGCUGAGACAUUGGCUACAGUUUCUUAUUGACAUGAAGUUUCAACCUGAUUCGGAGCUGAGACAUUGGCUACAAUUUCUUGUUGACAUGAAGUUUCAGCCUGAUUCAGGGCUGAAACAUUGACUACAGUUUCUUACUGACAUGAAGUUUCAACCUGAUUUGGAGCUGAGAUAUCGACUACAGUUUCUUAUUGACAUGAAGUUUCAACCUGAUUUGGAGCUGAGAUAUCGACUACAGUCGCUCAUUCAUGUGACAGUUUCAAUACUUUUGUAUUUUCAGGUAUUAUAGUAUAAUGCAGUUUUUAUUUAUAAAACCAUUAGAUAUGGGAUUGUUCAUGUGUAUUUAUAAAGUAAGUGGUUUGUGUUUGAUAAGUCGAGAAAUUAGUAUGAGUAUGUUGUUUGUUGCAAAAAAUAACUCAACUUUUGUCCUGCGUGUAAGAUGCCUCAAGACAACUGGAGGGAUUCUUAGACUCUGUAAAAUCUUGUUAAAUAAUGAAUCAUGGUCCCUAAAAUGUUAAAACUUGGACUUGUUUAUGAUAGUUUAUUGUGGUAUAUUAGUGUUACUACUAAUCAUGAGAGACAGAAUUGCCAGAUGUAGUACAGUUAGUUUCUAAUCAUGAGAGGAAGAACUGCCAGAUUUAUAGUUAGUUUCUAACCAUGAUAGGAAGAACUGCCAGGUUUAUAGUUGGUUUCUAACCAUGAUAGGAAGAACUGCGAGGUUUAUAGUUGGUUUCUAAUCAUGAGAGGAAGAACUGCCAGGUUUUGUAUAGUUGGUUUCUAACCAUGAUAGGAAGAACUGCUAGGUCUGGUAUAGUUGGUUUCUAACCAUGAGAGAAAGAACUGCCAGGUUUUGUAUGAGAAUUUUUUUAUACAUUGUUAAGUUCCUUAUUGUCUUUUAGCCCAACUCCAAUAAGAGUUAUUUAUAGGUUCCUUUACGAUAUUAUAUGCAAGCUCAAAACGAAGGCGUGGGUGUUGAGUUAGUGUAGGUGUUAAAGUAGUAACUGUGAUGAAGGAUUGCAGUAAUGUCUCCUGGAAAGAAUUUGUCACAUUAUUUGUUUAAAGAGCUUAUAGAGUAAUCUAGCAUUUUUAAACUAUCUAUGUGAAAUUACCACACAUACACACAUGACUCAGAAGAGGUCCUGUUGCAAUAUCCCGACGUUAUUU